UCGGGAUCCGCCAAGAAAAAGAAGCAGAAGGAGAAGGAGAGAGAGAUCCAAAGGCUCAAGGUGAUUGAGGAGCGCCAAGCGGGGUCGGACACCAGCCCCGAUGAUGAUAUUCCCGCUACACAGGCCUACGGACCCUGGGAUGAACCCAAGGAGAAGUGGGAUGCUCGUCUGGAAGCUCAGCCUCAGGCCGACGCUUCCACCAUUGUUGACGUCAUUGCGAAUGCAGAUGCCACUUUCCGAAGCGCCGUCCGCGUCUUCAUCGCCGGAGAUGCUGAGAGGAAGGAAGCCAUUGAGAUCACCAGCGCAGGUGUAGAGAAGUUGACCAAAGCUUUGCCUCAGUUAGAGGUCAUCGCCCUCCACGGUACAUCGAAGCUCACGCGUACCGCAUUCCCAACGAUCCUCAAGAAUUGCGCAAACAUCGAAUCCGUUACUCUGACUGUUGUCCAAGGUCAAAAGUCCAAGCGCAUUCGUCUCAACAGCACAAUGGAUUGGUUGACAGACAAGACCUUCGUGCCGAAGUUGAGGUAUCUCGAAUUCCGCGGCGUCUACCAUGAAGCAUUCCGCCGCGAGUUCCUCGAGUUCCUUACAAAAUGCAGGCCUGCGCUGGAGAUCGUUUUCGAAUAUGACAGGCCAGCUGUGCUUAUCCGAGACAUGGAGACUAUCCCACUCGACCGCGUCCCU